AUGUCGUUAAUUUCACGCCUUCUCCGUGGCACCUUCAACACUACCACUCUCCGUCGUUUUUCCUCCGCCGCCUCGGAAACCACGGCCGAAACCUCUCUACCUAAAAAGUCACUCAGCAGUAUCGUGAAUGACGAACGAAACCCCAAACGGAUCGUUGAGAAGUUCAAAAUGGCGUGUGAGUCAGAGCGAUUCCGAGCCAACAUAGCCGUGUACGAUAGAACCGUGCGGCGUCUCGUCGCCGCAAAGCGAUUACAUUUCGUGGAAGAGAUUCUAGAGGAGCAGAAGAAGUACCCCGACAUGUCAAAGGAAGGAUUCGCGGCGAGGAUCAUUUCUCUUUACGGAAAAGCCGGCAUGGUUGAAAAGGCACAGAAGGUGUUCGACGAAAUGCCUGAGAGAAGCUGCAAGAGGUCAGUGCGGUCUUUCAAUGCCUUGCUUAGUGCCUAUGGGGUUUCCAAGAGAUUCGAUGUGGUUGAGCAGCUUUUCAGUGACUUACCGGACAAGCUAUCGAUCAAACCAGACAUCGUGUCUUACAAUACUUUGAUCAAGGCGUUGUGUGAGAAGGGUUCCUUGUCGGAAGCGGUUGCGUUGCUUGGUGAGAUUGAGAACAAGGGUUUGAAACCUGAUAUAAUCACAUUCAACACGCUUUUGUUAUCUUCAUAUCUGAAGGGAGAGUUCGAGCAAGGGGAAGAGAUAUGGAGUAAAAUGGGGGAGAAGAAUGUAGGUAAAGACAUCAGGAGUUACAAUGCUCGGUUGCUUGGAUUAGCCACCGAGACGAAAUGGGAAGAGUUAGUAAGUCUCUUUGAAGAACUGAAGUCUAGUGGGAUCAAACCUGAUGUGUACAGCUUCAAUGCAAUGAUUAGAGGGGCAAUCAACGAAGGAAAAAUGGAGGAAGCUAAAGCGUGGUAUAAAGAAAUUGUGAAGCAGGGUUAUCGUCCUGAUAAAGCUUCAUUUUCUUUACUGCUUCCUGCAUUGUGUAAAGCGGAGGAGUUUGGGUCAGCGAUAGAGGUGUGCAAGGAGACAUUCAGUAAGCGUUAUCUUGUGGGUCAAACGACACUGCAGGAGUUAGUAGAUGAGUUGGUAAAAGCGGGUAAGAGAGGAGAAGCUGAGGAGAUAGUGGAGAUAGCAAAGAACAAUGAUUUCUUGAAGUUCAAGCUUAAUUUGUCGGCUCAGGAGGAGUAAGUGGUUCAUCGUCACUAGCGUCUCGUUGCAUUAGUGUGAGAGGCCUCACCCUCUUUCGUAGGCUAUGUAUUUGCACGUGUUGCCUUGUGGCGAUCUGGGAAAAAAACGGCAAGUACUAGUCGAGGUUUGAGCAGAUGGAAAAACUCCAUGUUUUUAAUAAAACUUUGUUUUGAAUUUACUGUUUUGCUGGGGUAGUUUGCAGUUAAU